AUGGAUUCUAUCUUUCCUAAUAGUCAACAAACCCUUUCAUCCAACAUGGAUUCUAUCUUUUUAAGACUUCUUUCUACACCUACCGCCCUAGCUCUUAUGGAUAGUGCCGGUUAUAUUUUCGUUAUUCUUCCUAGUCUACCUGGCUUUUAUUCUUCCACCACAGGCUCUGAUUCGGCAACAUCACCUGGUGUAUCAGUCACCAGGCCUUGUAUUUCUGGGACGUAUAAUAAUCAGACUGGAUCCGUAGGUCCUUGUAAGUUGUGUUCCAGAGGGCUGAAAAAUUCUGGCAACGAUAGUGUUUCAUGUGCUAUUUGUGAUGCGAGUUCAUUUUGCCCUUUGGGUUCAACAGAUGAUGUCAGCUAUACAGCUCUUGUGUCGGUCGUUCAAGCAUUGUCCUAUCCAACAUCACCAGAAAGUGUCAUUUUUGAUGAUAUUUUGAUUCAGAAUAUGUUUCGUCUUGGAACAAGUGGUCACUGUGUUGUUGUAUCCCCGUUAUUUUGGGCUCUAAUCGUCACUGGUUUAGCGAUCAUGAUUUUACUUCUUAUGGCUGGAUUGAAACUUUGUAUUAAGCAUCCACAUGGGAAAAAGGCAAGAAAAUAUUUGAAACAUGUGUUUAAACAAACAGAUUUUGUUGGCGAGGGAGAAUUGUGGGUUGGUGGACUAGCUUCGUUUGCCAUUGUUGUAUUGGUCAGUUUUGCCUAUUCAUUCAGUAAUUCAUAUUUGAAUCAGUAUCCAAUUGAAAAUGUGGGAAAUAGUAAUUUUGCUUGUGACAGAAGUAUUCGAAAUGCAAAAUUUGAUACUAGUCUACAAUCGUUAGGUAUUCCAGCAACAGAGAACGAACAGACAAUGUUUGACCUGCUGAAUGAACAAACGUUUAAAUGUCAUGCUUUAAGGACGUCCAUAGGUUGA